UUGUACCUGUAUCUUUUGUCCUUAAAUCUCUCUCUCUCUCUCUCUCUCUCUCUCUCUCGCUCACUGUCUCACUCUCACUUUUCGAUCCCCUUCUUGCUCAAGAAUAUACCAUCCCAGCUUCAGAGUUGGGAGUUGAAUAGGCGGCGAUGGCUACGAGGAAUCUGGAGAAGAUGGCAUCGAUUGAUGCCCAGCUGCGGCUCUUGGUUCCUGGGAAAGUUUCUGAAGAUGAUAAGCUUGUUGAGUAUGAUGCUCUGCUUCUGGAUCGGUUUCUCGACAUUCUUCAGGAUUUGCAUGGAGAGGAUCUCAAGGAAACGGUGCAAGAGUGCUACGAGCUUUCGGCCGAGUACGAGAACCAGCGUGAUCCGAAGAAGCUGGAGGAGCUUGGGAAUGUGCUGACAAGUUUGGAUCCGGGCGAUUCGAUUGUUGUGGCGAAGGCCUUCUCUCACAUGCUUAGCUUGGCCAACUUGGCCGAGGAGGUCCAGAUUGCUUACCGCAGGCGGAACAAGAAGAAGAAGGGGGAUUACACCGACGAGAACUCUGCCACCACUGAGUCGGACAUCGAAGAGACGCUCAAGAGACUUGUGGUUGACUUGAAGAAGUCUCCUCAGGAAGUUUUUGACGCGUUGAAGAAUCAGACCGUGGAUCUGGUCUUCACCGCUCAUCCUACUCAGUCUGUGCGAAGGUCGCUGCUUCAGAAGCACGGAAGGAUUCGGAAUUGCUUAGCUCAGUUAUACACCAAAGACAUCACUCCAGAUGAUAAACAGGAGCUUGAUGAGGCUUUACAAAGAGAGAUUCAAGCUGCUUUCCGAACUGAUGAGAUCCGAAGGACUCCCCCUACUCCCCAAGAUGAAAUGAGGGCGGGGAUGAGUUACUUCCAUGAAACAAUCUGGAAAGGUGUACCUAAAUUUUUGCGCCGUGUUGAUACUGCCCUUAAGAAUAUCGGGAUUGAUGAACGUGUUCCUUACAACGCCCCUCUGAUUCAGUUCUCCUCCUGGAUGGGUGGAGACCGUGAUGGAAACCCAAGAGUAACUCCCGAGGUCACUAGGGAUGUUUGCCUGCUAGCAAGAAUGAUGGCUGCGAACUUGUACUAUUCACAAAUCGAGGACCUCAUGUUCGAGUUGUCCAUGUGGCGUUGCAGUGAUGAGCUUCGUGGACGAGCUGAUGAACUCCUCACAUCUUCAAAGAGAGAUGCCAAGCAUUACAUAGAGUUCUGGAAAACAAUCCCCCCAAGCGAGCCCUACCGUGUCCUUCUUGGUGACGUAAGGGAUAAGCUCUACCAGACACGUGAGCGUUCUCGUCAUUUGCUUGCUCAAGGAAUGUCUGAGAUCCCAGAAGAGGCAACUUACACCAACAUCGACCAGUUCUUGGAGCCACUUGAGCUCUGCUACAGAUCUCUUUGUGCAAGUGGUGAUCGAGCAAUCGCUGAUGGUAGCCUUCUCGAUUUCCUGAGGCAAGUUUCCACUUUUGGCCUCUCACUGGUGAAACUCGACAUAAGGCAAGAAUCGGACAGGCACACCGAUGUCCUCGAUGCCAUUACCCAAUACUUGGAAAUAGGUUCAUACAGAGACUGGUCAGAAGAACAACGGCAAGAAUGGCUGCUGUCAGAACUCGCCAGCAAAAGGCCCCUCUUUGGUCCCGAUCUACCAAAAACCGAAGAGAUUGCUGACGUUUUAGACACGUUUCAUGUCUUGGCAGAACUGCCAUCUGACUGCUUCGGUGCCUACAUUAUCUCCAUGGCCACCGCAGCAUCUGAUGUGCUCGCAGUUGAGCUUCUGCAACGUGAAUGCCACGUGAAGAAUCCUCUGAGAGUCGUCCCACUUUUUGAGAAACUGGAUGAUCUUGAAGCCGCACCAGCUGCUGUCGCACGCCUUUUCUCGAUUGAUUGGUACAAAAACAGGAUCAACGGCAAGCAAGAAGUCAUGAUUGGGUAUUCGGACUCUGGUAAAGAUGCCGGUCGUUUGUCAGCGGCCUGGCAGCUGUACAAGGCUCAGGAGCAGCUCGUUGAAGUUGCAAAGAAAUACGGAGUGAAAUUGACGAUGUUCCAUGGGCGAGGUGGGACUGUGGGAAGAGGAGGCGGCCCUACUCACCUUGCUAUUUUGUCCCAACCACCAGACACGAUCAACGGAUCUCUUCGUGUCACAGUUCAAGGAGAAGUCAUCGAGCAAUCGUUUGGCGAGGAGCACUUGUGCUUCAGAACACUCCAGCGUUUCACUGCUGCUACGUUGGAACAUGGUAUGCGUCCCCCCGUCUCCCCCAAGCCAGAAUGGCGGACUCUUCUAGAUGAGAUUGCCGUCAUUGCUACUGAGAAGUACAGGUCGAUCGUCUUCCAGGAGCCUCGUUUCGUUGAGUACUUUCGCCUGGCAACACCGGAGCUAGAGUAUGGUCGAAUGAACAUUGGUAGUCGUCCAUCCAAGAGGAAGCCGAGUGGAGGGAUCGAAUCACUGAGAGCCAUUCCUUGGAUUUUCGCAUGGACUCAGACCAGAUUCCAUCUCCCCGUCUGGCUGGGCUUCGGAGCAGGAUUCAAACACGCCAUAGAGAAGGACAUACGAAGCCUCAAAACGCUGCAAGACAUGUACAACACAUGGCCCUUCUUCAGAGUCCAAAUCGACUUGGUUGAAAUGGUGUUCGCCAAGGGAGACCCCGGCAUUGCUGCCUUGUACGACAAACUCCUCGUCUCCGAAGACCUCUGGUCGUUUGGUGAGCGACUGAGGUCCGACUACGAGCAAACACAAUCUCUUCUGCUCCAGAUUGCCGGGCACAAGGAUCUUCUCGAAGGCGACCUGCACCUGAAGCAACGGCUUCGUCUCCGUGAUUCCUACAUCACAACGCUGAACGUGACCCAGGCGUACACACUGAAGCGAAUCCGCGACCCACACUACCACGUGAAGCUGAGGCCACAUAUCUCGAAGGAGUACAUGGAAUCCAAGCCUGCUGACGAGCUCGUCAAGCUGAACCCAACGAGCGACUACGCCCCAGGGCUCGAAGACACACUCAUCUUGACCAUGAAGGGCAUCGCUGCUGGACUACAGAACACCGGUUAAUUUAACUUGCGGCUUCUUCUUCAUCGCUUCACCCCACCUGAGACGUUUUCCCGUUCCUCACUGUACGGCCAUGAUCGACCGCGUAAAAGAGUGUUGAUCAUCUUCCUUUUUCUUGUUCUUGCACAAUGUGUCUAUUCAGCCUGGUCUGAUCUAUCUAUCUCAAAUAAAUGACACUAGUUUAUUGUGCCUUUCCUUUUCAAUGUAAUAAGGUCUGCAAUGUCACUUUGAAAGAAAAGGACCUUAAUUUAAGGUUUUUUAAACUCUUCUAUGAAUUUUAUCUUUUCAUCUUAA